UGUGUUGAAAGUUGAUUCAUGUGUAUCUUGUCUCAACAUGUUUUUUGCAUGUUAUUAUUGUUUUUGUUUAUAAAAUCAUUCUUGUUCUUUGAAAAUAAGUGCCGUACUAUUCAAUCAUCAUUCUUUCUUUUAUUUUAUUCAUCAUCAUUGAAUAAAACAACCCAUCUUAAAUUUCGUUAUGUGCAAAAGUAAAUUAAAUGUAAAUUGCUUAAAAGAACUGCUCAAUGCAACUGAAACAAAAGCUCAGAAUGAUUGGAUUGUGGAUAGAAGAGGCAGGAAGAUGGAGAAAUCUCUGCUAUCGAAAGUUCUACUUCAUAUCACACAACAAAAAAUACAAAGGAAGUUGGAUAAAAAACUUAAAAAGGAAGAAAAGAAACUCAAAAAGGCGUUGAAGAAGAAGAAACGACCCAAACAUGAGAUAGUCUCUUGCUCACCUUCUGAAGGCCUGAAGAUAAAAAUAAAAAUCAUCAAGCCUCAAGAGAAACUGAUGGAUCAUCCUUUGGAACAGCACUCAACUACUUAAUCUCUUGAAAUGAAUGCUGGAGACUAUUUCUAUAAGUAAUUUAUAGCACAUGGAAAGAAGAAUGUGCAGAAAAUAUUUGCGUCCUCAAAUGACUAUUUCACUUGAUAUUUGUAAAAAUGUAGUUCAUUAAUAUUGAAUUACUUUUCCAAUGAUUGAGAUCGGUGCAAGAUCUACAUAAUUUUUGUAUUGUUCUUGUAUUUUUUGAACUUUAUAUGACAUUUCAAAUUGUACCUGAAUAUUUCACAAGAGCUUUUCUUGUUUGACUUUUAACAGUAUUAUUUUUUAUAUGUAUUUGUUAUUUUUAACUGUGAUAUAUAUGUGCAUAUACACCAUUUUUUAUAAGCAAUCUGUAUACCAGUAUUGCUUUUCCUAUUUUUAUAUGUAACUGAAUUUGUGUUCAUUCCACUAUUCAAAUUUGUGAUACUAUAGGGCUUAUAAUGUUGACAUUUACCAGUUAAUCUGUAUUUAUAUAAGAUACUGUGAUUUAUAUUGUUGAAUGUUUAUUUUUAAUGAUAGUAGCUAAAUCAAAAUACACAUUUUAUUAUGUUAAUGGAGAGUAUUCAGCUGUUGUUAGUACAUUUGAAUAUUCACAUACAAAACUCGGUGAUGUAUUGGAAGUAAUUGUUUUCCAUAAAUUACUCAUUACAAGUCUAAAAGCUGUCUUAUAUAAUUCAUAUAAGCAUUUUGUGCAAUGUUUGAAAUAUUUUUUAACUUCUAAGUCAGUUCAGUUUGUAGAAACUUAAUUUCUGUAAUUUAUAAAUGAUUGCAAACUAUUCCUUGUUAUAUAACUUAUUUUGAAGUAUAUAAUUUAUUUUUAUUAAGAUCUGGUCAGUUUUUCAGAAUAUGAAUAUUCUUGAAACUUAUUUAAAUGCUUAAAUAUAUUUUUUUAUAUUAAAUUGUUUAUAAUGUUUUCAGAGACAUUGGUUCUGGUAAAAUACAUGUUUAUGAUUCCCCUCCUCCUAGGUAGAUGGUUGUCUUUAAAUGUUCUGUUAGUAAAAAUACAUUUUCGAAUAUUUAAUAAAAACAACAAAUGGCAACAUGAAUCCCAAUCUUUUUUUCUUUUUUUGAUGAGUUUAUAAAUGGAUUAAAAUUGUUUCCUUGAAAGAAAAAUUAUCUGUGUAUGUACCUGAAAGAGUUUAGGCCAUUUUUAUACAUUUAGGAGUUGUGCAAAAGGAUGAUUUGUAUUUUGUGAGCUUUAAAUGCUUUGAUAUUAUGAUUAUGAAUUAUUAAUUACAUUUACUGACUGUAUUUUAUAGUCUUGUAUUUGCUUUUAAAAUUUGUACUUGAACAAACUACAUUUUUGUAAUAAAAUAUUUCAAAAUUUA